GAGGAGUCUACUCAAUUGCCUGAAGAUGCCGAUGCGGAAUUUAAGCUGCUGACUGUUACUGGAUUUUGCAUCUACUGGCAGCCUGGCGACACUAAAGCUGAUCAAAAAGAUUCACCUGUCUAUCUCUUGCCUGCUACUCACCUCCUUGGACGUUUGCGCCGCCAGCUUAGUCAUCAGCUGAACACAAGGGCGAAUAGAGCUGAAACUAACGAAGAUGCAGCUGCGUCAUUUGACUCGUUGAAAUUACUUGAACAAGCAGAUACUGUCAAGAGUCAUUCAUCCUCAAUUUAUGACCAAUCGGAUACGACUACCUCGCCGACAUUUUUGGCCAGAUCAUCGUCUUCAUUAGAAAGACUAAUUCGUCCAACCUUACACUCUGCUCACAUUGAGAUUGAUCUCUCACUAAAUCAGGUCAGUCUCUGUCUUGAGCAUGCUGCCUGCCAAUCGGCGAUUCUCUUGCUCAAUCGAAUGAUCCAACAACGGCAAAUUUUAGAUCGCAAUUCACGAAGACCCGUCAUUAGACCGCAUAAAGAUCGACCAAAUAAGUAA